CUGCGGAUGCUGGUAGAUACAAGUGUGAAGAAAUGCCAAAUGCAUCACCCACUGACUACAUUAAUCAGAACCAACAGCAGCAUGAGCUUUUCCCCGAGGACUUUACCGGAUACAGAUUUUUGGUGCUGACGAGAAGUAAUGAUAACACAAGCUGUAGUCUGCUGCGUAUGUACAUUGAGGGAGUGAGAGGGUCAGCAUCUGGGAUAUGUCUUCAUCCCUCUAGGCCAGCCUUGUGGAUGCCUGGGAAAACUGGAGAUGACAUUACAGCACAGAUAGGAAAUAUCAAAUUGAUAUUAUUCGAGCCGGAUACAGGUUGUGCCUGGCGACCAGCUGGAGUAACAGUGACAAACAUCCACUCGUCACGAAGUCAAUAUUUCUCCUGUGCCCAGUCGGUUCAGGAGUCAGGACGGACCAUGAGGAGGGUUCGAGAAGCUUUCACUAGAAGACUCACAGUAACAGUUUACACAACCGACAGAAUUUUUGCUGGCACGGACUCUGGCUUGUUUUUGCGGGUGCAGGGUCGGACCGGAGGGGGCAGUGAAAAGCAACUCUCUGGGUCGUUUGAAAGAAAUGAUGUUGAUAGGACUGUUAUGGACGUUGGGGAUAUCGGUCGACUCUAUGAAGUGAGGUGUGUAAACUGA